CAUCGCGCAAACUCACGGCUACCGUAGCAGCGAUAAUCAUCGAUCUAUGGUGGAAUUUACAGCUGGCAGAUUUUUGUAGAAAUUGUGGCUUGCUGCUUUGUCUGAUCAAGGAGGUAGCUUCCUUCACGUGCAGCCAAUAUUACACACAAUCAACCCUUCAUGCCCAUGAGCACAACAAGACAAGAAGCACGGCUUCACACCGACUUGAACAACGGUGUCUGAAUGACAGGAGACAAACAAAUCAAGCAAUCUUUUAAUAAUGCAUCGAUUUAACACAGUCUAAUCUUGGAACUCGAUGCCGACUGGGAAAUGGAGUCUCCAGCUGUUGACGGACAGUGCUUGCGUAAAUCACAGAUCAUCGUCUUGCCACCGAAGAUGGAGGAGGGUAUGAAGAGGAAGUGUUGUAGAGGUUCAUCAAGGGCUGCUGAUUCGACCUUAAAUUGGAGGUCACACUGGAUUCAAAAUGUGACAUUGCUCCUGUUCGUGAUGGUGCUAACAGUAUUACCAGCUUCCAUAGAUGGGACGUGCAUAACAGGAAAGAAAAUGAGGGGCUAUGUUCCUAGUGAUGAACACACAUUAAAUGAUUAUAAACUAAUAAAAGAUUCAAGAUCAUUGGAUGAAUGCAUUACAUUUUGUUGCCAGUCACAAGUGUGUGAUAUGGUGUGGAUGAUGACCGACAGUUGUUAUUCUGUUCAGUGCUUCAGCGAAGAAACAUGCCAGUUUGGAGAAAGCCGUGAAAUGCCGAGCGACACGACGGUAGUUCAAAUUACCCACCAAUCAGAUCAUGAAACAACAUCCAGUGGGCAGUGUAUUCCAGGAUUCAAUGACUGCCAAUACAAUGAAGUGUGUCGGAGAGACCCGACGUACGAAUGGAAUACCUGCCAGUGCCAGGCCGGCUUCUCUAGAGAUUUGUACGGGGAAUGUGUCUAUGAUGAAAGUACAUAUACUGGACUCGACAGCAGAUCACAGACCUCUCCACCUCAGCCAGAGGACCUUGGCAAUCUCAAGCUCUGUUACAGUGAUGGUGAUUGCGAACAAGGAGAAUUCUGCUUUGGACUUGAUCUUUACGACAAUGGCAUAUGUGCAUCAGCUGCACAUUUUCAAAGAAAGCGUGAAGAUUCUUUACGAGAUUUACCCACAACUCAACAUCCUUUAUCUGCAGAGACGAAAAGACCUACUCUUGCUAUCGAUAACACUACACCACUCCAAACGGGUGAAGUUAGUACCAGUGGACUGAUAACCCCUUCUGUGGUAGAGAUGCCUGCUAAGAAGGAUGGCAGUGAUUCAAGCAAUGGCACUGAGGUUAAAUCAAGCGGUGUCGUAGAAACGACAGUGAACACAUCCGAUGGUAACAAACAUAUCCCUGAUACCACCCCCUUGUUGCAUGAUCAAAACCCCACCACCGCCCCCCGUUCGACAACAGCACCACCUCUUUCAUCUCCUCUGCUAGCUACCACUUCUACUACCUUAGGUAGCGGGGGAACGCACCCCUUUGUUCAGCUGACAGUUUCACUGGGCGAGAGUAAAUUCCUUCAGCUGCCAGAGGAGACCAGCGUGACUCUUCACGCCUUUGUCCUCCCUGACGAUCAACCUUACACCUACCAGUAUCAGGUGGUCACUCAGCCAGAGGGCAGCUCUGCACAGAUGUCUUCAGAUGAUCCAGCCGAACCACAAGUUACCAUCUCACGGUUGAUAGCUGGUUUUUACCAGUUCAAGGUUUCCGUGGAGGGGUCAAGGUCAUUUGGUGCAGGUCAGGUCAACGUGACGGUCAUUCCCCCGCCUAGAAUCAAUCAGCCCCUAGCGGUCAUCCAGCCAGCCAUGCAGGUGGUGCUGCUACCAAACUCAGCCACCAUAUUAGAUGGAUCUGGAAGUACCGACGAUGAUGAUGACAGGAUAGCAAGUUACAGUUGGAAUCAAGUCAAAGGACCGUUGAAUGACCAUGAGAUCAGUGGUGACCAAGAUACCUUAGAAUUGACCGAUCUCAAACCGGGUGUUUAUCUCAUCAGGUUGACUGUUACAGAUUACGAUGGAGCUUCUAAUUCUACCAUAGCAAAUGUCACUGUUAAAGAAGAGGAGGAUUAUAAACCUCAUGCCCAAGCUGGUCCUGAUGUCGAGAUCAAGCUUCCUGUAGACUUCACAACACUCAACGGUUCCAAGAGCAGUGAUGAUCACGGUAUUACCAGCUAUGAGUGGACCAAGAUGACUGAUAGAGUGGCUGAUAUGACAGGAUCUUCAUCCAAGAUACUUCACCUUACUGGGCUAGAAGAGGGAACGUAUGUCUUCAAGUUGACUGUCACUGAUGCUAAAGAUCAAAAGGAUUCUGAUACAGCUACCGUGAUUGUCAAACCAGAACACAAUACCCCUCCUUCUGCGGAUGCUGGACCUGAUAAGGAGCUUAUGUUACCUUCCGAUACCACCUCUCUGGACGGGAGUGGUAGUACAGAUGAUCAAGGCAUAGAAUCCUAUCAUUGGGAACAAGUUAGUGGUCCAAGUGAUGCUGUAUUGACCAACCCUGACCAAGCAACGGUAGAUGUGGCUGGACUUGGUGAAGGGGCUUAUGUCUUUAGCUUGACCGUCCAAGAUGGUCAGGGUGUAUCGGACAGCGCGCAGGUCACUGUUACUGUAAAGAGAGAGAGAAAUCAACCACCUGUUGCUAGGAUUGGACCUGAUCAAGAGCUAAUCCUCCCUUCAACAUCGUUAGAGGUUGAUGGAUCCCAAUCCUCAGAUGAUAAGGGUAUAGUUUCUUAUCUCUGGACGAGGAGUAAUCAAAGUCCUGCUGCAGGGGUGGUUGUUGGAAACUCUAAUCACGAACCAAUCCUUCGAAUGGUAGACCUUGUUCCAGGGCAGUAUAAAUUCACUCUCAAUGUCUCUGAUGCCAAGGGUGCGUAUGGCACAGAUACGACUGUCAUCACAGUCAAGGAAGACCCCCACAUCCUCUCUCGGGUUCAGAUUGUGUUUGAUGAAGAUAUCACAUUGUUUACUGAGCAAGAUAAGAAUGAUCUGAUAAUGCCACUUGCUGUGAUGCUGGGAGUCAACAAUGGUGAUGUCAUCAUCCAAAGAAUUGCAUUAACAGACAGUAAAAUGCUAAAGGUUGAGUUUCUAGCAUUCAACAAAACAUCUCAUAAACCACUCCCUGGACCCGAGGUCUUAAAGAGAUUGAAGAGCAAAGACAUUAUGUCACAGUCAGCAUUACUCAAACAUAGUAUAUUAGAGUAUGACACAGUAGUUUGUCAGAAGAACUGUUCCAACCACGGUCAUUGUGACCCCUACACAAAACGCUGUGUGUGCGAGACAUUCUGGAUGGAGAACUUUAUCAGGGUAAAAUUCCAAGAUGGAGAAAGCAACUGUGAUUGGAGUAUUCUAUAUGUAAUUAUUGUAUGUUUCUUGGUGCUAGUGGCCCUUGGUGUAUGUGUAUGGUUAAUAGCCUGCUGCUGUGCAAGAAGGAAGAGAAAUUCAGCAAUUUCUUUGAGUGAAUUUUUGAGGAGAAAAAAGAGAGGAAGAAGGCGGCAUCGCUACACUCUGUUAGAAGAUCAGGAAGGCAAUGAUAUGAUGGAGAUGCAUCCAAAAAUGGGAAAUGGUAAGCAGAGUAGCAGCAUCAUGAUAUCUGAAUCGGGAGAAGAUAGCGAUGAUGAGACUACCGUCUUUGACAUUAAGCGACAGGAUCGGAACGGAUCCAAACCCGCCAAUGGCUAUACAACGGGCAAGCAUCGAUCAAGCAGGAUCCCACAUAGGACUGAUAAACUUUGAAUCCUUCGAGUCUUUGCCAUGAUGCGAUGGAAGUUUAUUUUAUUUGUCAGAUUCUGAGGACAGUUUUUGUGUUGAAUUGAGAAUUGACUCGCGUAGAGUGGCAGAUGGGAUACCUUGAUUUUAUUUAUGUUUUGGAUAUAGUGAUUCAGCAUUGUUUAUGUGAGAGGACAUAGCCGUCCAGAAAUGAAGAAGACUUGGUUACAUUUUGAUUUGAUUACAAGGAAUGCACCGAAACCACCGACUUCCAUACAGAGGCAUGGGACUGAGGCAGAACCAAACGUGUAGAGAGAAAUCUUGUUUUCUGAUGAAGUUCUUUCUCUGUCAAGUUCUUUCAUGGAUCAAGGGGCAGUUUAACGGAUUGUGUUUUCUUUCUUUUAGAUUUUCCAUUAUUUACAUCCAGCCUGUUUCUUGGACAAAUACUGCACGGAAAUUAAUCCCCCCUUUUUUUCUCUCUCGCUAUCUCUUCUAUUUUAUUCUUAUUCUAGCCUCUUCUUUAAUAUUUUGUUUACUUAGACAACAAUCUUUCACCCAUACUUUGCCUGUUGUGUGUGAAUAAUACCUUUAUUUGCGAGGGGGGAGAUGGCAAAAGACAAAAUUGAAAUUCUGAAUAUAUAAUGUAUUUAUCUAUUUCCAGCACUUGACAUCCAUUUGUCGUUAUCAAACGCAUUGUGGUUGAAAGGACUUGUAGUUAUAAUUUCGUCUUAGAUCAUUUCCUCGAUGUCAAAAAAAAUAAUUUCCUUGUCCAUAAAUGAAAAAAAUGAUUGACAACUCAUGAAGAAUUCAUUGUUUUAUACCCUGGUUGAUAACUCAAACAAAAAUUUUGUGAAUGAUUCUCAUCAAUAUCUAAUAUCAGACCAAAAAAAGAAAUUAUAUAAAACAACUUCAUUGGGCUAAUUUCUAAGCUCAUCUGCCAAAAUUUGCUAUUGUAUUACAGUUAAUAUUAGGCCCUAUGGGAGGUUCAGUGGCUCUUUUAUAUUUUU